AUGGCAAAUCUUCGAAAUCCAUCGAAACCGAGGCCGUCUUCACGAUGGUUCCAAAACCCAAUCACCACUGCCGACAAAAACCUCCUCGUACACACUAUCCUUGGCUCCGAGUCGAACCUUCGUGACUACGAAAACCAUCUCAUGGAACUCUUCGUAUCAGAGCUUUCUAUCACAACAAAAAACUCGCGACGUCAUUUAAAUCUCGUGCACCAAGCUCAUGCGGAGCGACGCCGUGCGCGGGCUGAGGAUCGUCAGACGAAGGCUCGCCCGUCCGACAUUCCCAAGCUUCACCACAUUCAGAGAAAACUCUACCUCAUGGCAUUUGGUAUCAAUGAGUUCAUUCCUCUUUGCACGCAUUUCGGCGCUGGAAAGUGCCGAAAAGAUCCGAUUCUGAACGAGCUUAACGAGACUACCGGUACUUUUGAGUUCGAAAUCAUCUAUGUUACUCCCAUGAAAGCACUAGUCCAAGAGAUGUCGGCAAAUUCACGGACGACUCUCGGGGUGAAGCAACAGAUUGUCGAACAUAACCGUACCAUCUCCAUCCCCACUUUUGUCGUCCAAGCCUUCUCUACAAUCCCCGCCGCAUUACAACCUGUGUCGAGAACAAAAGCCGAGAUCUUGUUCUCAUUCGAGGCACGCUUUCCUGGGAUGAGGUCAUCAUCGGAGCUAGGCGAACAAGCGAUACCAAGUAACACACAAAGCCUGCGACAAGAAGAUCCUCGACUAGCUGGAAAGUAUCACAUCCUGGUUUUCGUGCACCCGCAAAAAGAGACCAUAAAAACUGGCGACAUUCCUGAGGGAGAUGGCGGUGGAGACGGAGACGAUUACUCAGUUCGUCAAAGCUGA